AUGGGGACAUCAUGGCAUAAUGUGAAUGGGAAGAUUUGGAUUUUUGUGGAUGCAGAAAUUCAAGUAGAAAUAAUGAGAGAUACAGAACAACUGUUAUCCUGUAGAUUCACUCAUUUGGGUGAUGGGCAAGAGUUGGUGCUUACAGUUGUUUAUGCGAGUACUGAUAGAAGUGGGAGAAUAGCUCUAUGGGAGGAUCUAUAUGACAUGUCUUCACACAUCACCAUCCCAUGGCUUGUGGGUGGGGAUUUUAAUGUCAUUACAGAUGACAUUGAGAAAUUUGGGGGUCUUCCUGUACAGUUUGCUGAAACAGAGGAUUUUAGACAAUGUAUAGACAUUUGCCAACUGAUGGAUCUUGGUUUUACUGGAAGUAUGUUCACAUGGUGGAAUGGGAGAUCUGAUGAGGCUUGUAUAUUUAAAAGACUGGACAGAUGUUUGGGAAAUCAGGCUCUGCAGAAUUGGUUUCCUAAUUUGGAGGUAGAACAUCUCAUUAAACAAGGUUCUGACCACUCCCCUUUGCUGGUAAAUAUGAGAGCAUAUAGUAGACCAAUUAGGAAAUCUUUCAGGUUUCUUAAUUUUUGGGUGGAGCAUAAAUCUUUUCUAGAUGUAAUCAAAGAAAAUUGGGUGGAAUCUUAUGGCUCAGACCCCUUCUUUAACUUUCAUAAUAAGUUAAAAAAGGUGGGAAGAGCUCUCUCUAAGUGGAGUAGGGACACUUAUGGUGAUAUCUUCAAGCAAAUUGCAACUCUGAAGGAAGUGGUGCAGGUGCAUGAGCAGGAAUUUGAACAGAAUCCUACAGGGCUUAACAGGGAAAGGCUACAAAGGGUACAAGCUGAUCUGAUCAGAAAGCUACAAUUACAGAGAAUUCAAGAUCAUAUAGGUACCUGGCUGGACACUGAAGAGGAGAUUGCGCAGGAAGCAAUCAGAUUUUUCUCAGACCAAUUCAAAGAGGAAAAUAUCCCUACAGAUUUCUCUAUGCUUGAUAAGAUUCCUAAAAUGGUUACAGAAGAACAAAAUCAACAACUCUAUGAAAUGCCAGAUGAAGCAGAGCAAUCAGGAUUUGUUAAAGGCAGGAGUAUUGUAGAAAACAUUCUGUUGGCUCAGGAAAUUGUACAUGAUAUUAGGAUUAGAGAAAAUCCUGCAAAUGUUGCCAUUAAGCUUGACAUGGAAAAGGCUUAUGACAGGAUUCCUAAAAAGGAUUUUCCAUUCACAUAUUUGGGUGUACCAAUUUACUAUGGGAGAAGAAGGAACAUUCACUACAAGGAGAUAAUAGAAAAGAUUCAGAAUAGACUGAGCUCAUGGACUGGUAAGCUGUUAUCUAUUGGAGGAAGGACAACACUGAUUAAACAUGUUUUACAGAGCAUGUCUAUACACCUACUAUCCGCUUGUGACCCUCCUAGUGCUAUACUUGCUCAGAUUCAUAGAUUGUUUGCUAAGUUCUUUUGGAGCAACUCUGUGGGAAAUUCAAAUUUUGAGUGUGAUCCCACAAUCAUUCUUGUAAAAGAAACUGCAGAAGUGGGGCAAUGGGAUGAACAGUUGCUAAGAAGAAUCCUUCCUGAGGAUCUAGCAAAUCAUAUUGUGCAGCACAUUAAUCCACCAAAUGAAAAUGGCCAAGCAGAUAAGGCUUUCUGGAAAUUAGAUUCGAGGGGGAAAUUCACAGUUGGGUCUGCAUUUCAAUUGCUCAGACAAAGAAAAGACCCCAGUAAUUUGUAUAAGCAGAUGUGGAUUAAAGGACUACCAAUAAAGAUAUCUUUUUUUAUUUGGAGAUUUUGGAAGUUCAAACUACCACUGGAUGAUAAGUUGAAGAAAUGGGGACACCAAUUCCCUUCCAGAUGCUAUUGUUGUCAGCAUCCAGAAGUGGAAGAUACCUCCCAUGUCUUUUUACACUCACCAACAGCUCAAGCCAUCUGA